AUGCUGCUUAUCGUUUUUAUUUUGUUUGUAAAAAUCGUAUUCUUCUCAUGUAUAUUCGGAAAUAAAAGUGAAGAAAAUUUAUUCGAUGAAAUAAAUCGACAACGAAAAAAUUUUGGUUUAUCAAAUGUCGAAAUUCAUUUAACAUUACAAUUAGCUGCAGAAAAACGUUGUCAUAAUCAACGACAAUUGAUUGACUCCUAUCAAAGAAUGCUAUCGAACGCGUACAGAGAUGGCGAUUGGCCCAGACAAGAACAGCUCGAUAAAGUUUUCUCUCAUGUAAAUGAAAGAAUCUAUCUUAAUGGUAUCGAUAUACGAAAUGAUAUUUUUCAAAGAUAUCAUCUUAUUCCAAAGCCAUACGAAAGAAAUUUAGUCUAUAUUGGUAUUGCGUUGCAUGAAUAUAGAAAUUUUUCCGCUACAUGUAUUGUUUAUGGAGAAUUAAAUAAUUCGAUUUCAAAUAACAGUAGACUUAUACGUCUUCUUUACAUCCUUAUUGGUUGUGGAAUUCUUCUGUUGAGUUUAAUCGUUUGUAGUAUUGUGAAUGAUCAACGACAAAUGAAAUUAAAACAACAAUUAGAGCAGGAAAUCAUUGAUAAUAGAAAUACGAUUGUUCCGAACAAUUCAACGACUGUAUUUAUUGAUAAAGAUCGAAAAUCAUCAACACAUCGAGCAGACAUGAAUCGAAUGACAGUGGCACGAUUAGGCUCCGUAGUAGGUGAACGUUCGUCAGCUGUUCAUAGCUUUUUUGCAAAGACGUAA